AUGGUGAUGGAGGAGGUGAUGGAGGAGAUGAGGAGUGGAGUCCAUGUUGAUGGAGGAGGUGAUGGAGAUGGUGAUGGAGACGGUGAUGAGGAGGUGAUGGAGGAGUUGAUGGAGAGGGCGAUAGAGGAGGUGAUGGAGGAGGUGAUGGAGGAGGUGAUGGAGGUGAUGGAGGAGGUGAUGGAGGAGAUGAUGGAGGAGGUGUUGGAGAUGGUGAUGAGGAGGUGA